AAAAAAUGGAAAGCAACACAGCUCCAUUUCCCUUCUCCUUUCCUUCGUCCCCAAAUCUCUGAAUCUCUCUCUGCCUGGAAUGUUUGAUUUUUCAAAGUAGUUUCUCAAAAUGAAGCGCAAGAAAUGGUCGGAGCUCGAAGAGCUGACCCUUCUCACCAAGUACUCGGAGCUUCUCAUCUCUGGGGCUCUAGCCAAGCUCAAAACUCGUGAGAAAAAAUUCAAGCCCAUAGCGGACCACGUGAACUCGGUGCAUCAUCUUCACGAUCCAGUAACCUUCCCUUUCAAAUGGUCCUGGCGCGACGUCUCGAUCAAGGUCCAAAACAUGCGCCACCAGUACCUGGGUGUGAAGCAGAAGAUCCGGGUCUCCAAGGACGAGUUCAACUGGAAAGAUGGUGAAAACCACUGGGAGAAUUUCUUGAAGUACAAAGAAGUGUUUGGGGAUGUGGAGCUUGAUGUUAAGGGCAAGAGGGCGUGCGAAAGUGAGAACCUUGAUGUUUUUGGGGAUUGUGGGGACUUGGGGUUUGGGAUUGACUCUGAGGAUUUAGAGGAAGAAGAGGACGAAGAAGAAGAAGAAGAAGAACCAUUGGAAGAUGAUGAAGAAGAAGAAGACGGUAGCGGUGAUGGCGAUAAUGGUCUCGUGGAAUUAGGUAGGAGUGAAGGUGGUGAAUUUGGGGGUCAGAGAGAAAUUGGGGAUGUGGGUUUUGCUCCAAAAAGGAAAUUGAGUAAGGUUGGAUUACAUAGGAGGUUGGGGUUGGUCAGUGCACAAGUUUUGGACUUGAGGGAUGUGGUGGUGAAGAGGGAAGAGAGGACGAGAGAGAGGGAGUGUAGGAGAGAGAACAGUGAGGCUGAGAGAGAGGAAAAGAGGAAAGAACUUGAGUGCAGGAGAGAGAAAAGGAGGAAUGAGAGGGAGGAGUGGUUGGAGGAUAGAGAAUUGGAGUUAGAAGAGAGGGAGGUGAUGUGGGCAAGAAAGGAAUUUGAGAAAAGGUUGAGGCUAGAGAGGGAAUUCGAUGAGGAGCGGCGUAGAAGGAUGAGGAUGGAGGAGAAGAGGGAAGAGGUAGAGUUGGAGUGGAGGGAGAGGAUGGUGAGUUUGCAAAUUGAGCAUGAGAAGCAAAUGAUGCAAAUGCAUGCUGAAGCGAGCCAGAACCAAAUGCAGAUUCUUGGAGUCAUGGCUAGGCUAGUUUGUCAAUUUUUUGGGUCGGUGAAUGAUGGGCUGGGAGGUGGUUUAGGGGCUUUGCCGCCUCAGGUUUUGCAAAAUUUGCAGCAUCCGGGGGAUUUGGGCCACAAUGGGAAGCCGGAGGCCAAUUCACCUUCUGAGUUCCUCUAGACUGUAAUUUACAUGCUUGCCACAUACUACUACUGUUAUACCUCUAGUGAAAUGUUACUAAGUUGAGUUCUAUCAUUUUUUAUUUAUUUUUUGUUUUAUCUUUGUAGUACGAUGAUCGAAAACGUUGAAUUCUUCUUGAUGCCUAUACUUGCAGUGACUAUUCUAAAUCUGUAACGAUGGAUAUAUAUUUUCUUUAUAUUUUAGAAUGUCAGCCUUUUUCAAGCAGAA